AGUAGAAUAUUACAACUGCUUUUAUUUUGUGCUUCAGGCUGGGUUUGGUUUCAGAAAGAAAACGUCCGAGCUUAUGCGAUGGAAGAAGGUUUCCCUUUCCAUUUUUUGUGGUCAGAUGUCAUAUUUUCUGUGCUGUCUCUGCUUCUGUUCCUCGUGGACAUUGCACUGGACGUGUGGGCUAUCGUGUCCCUUUAUGAAGAGCAGAAAUACUUCUCCAUGGGUUUGUUAAUAUGCAUUUUACUCAGUUCCUCAGUUCUACUACAGAUCUUCAGCUGGCUCUGGUACACAGAUUCUUCCAAAAACCUGGAGACUAAUGUCGAGAAAUUCAUCAGUAGACACGGUUUAAUGAAUAUAGUGCACAUCUUUCAGCUCGGAGUCUUCGUCAGGUUUGCAGCCGUAAUGGAGAUCUCAAUUACCAGCAUUAAACAUGGUGAACUUUUAAAAGAAGGAAUUGCCGUGUACCUGAAUCACGACCUCAGCAUGCUGCGUCUUUUCGAGGCAUUCUCUGAAAACUCCCCACAGCUCAUCCUGAUGAUGGCACUCAUCAUAGAGAUGCCAGAACUGCAUUUUUUCACAGUCAUCAAAAUCCUUGCCUCUCUUUCCUCACUCUCCUUUACCGUGUUAUCCUUCCAUCGCAACAUGCGUGCGCUUGUCCCUCAGAAGUUUAGGAUGGGAUGGACUUCCUCAGUAAUCUACUUCUUAUGGAACUUGCUUCUGAUUGGCCCACGUGUAGUAUGUGUGUCUCUCUUUGCUUCCGUCCUGCCCUGCUACAUUGCUGCUCACUUCCUGUCCCUGUGGAUGCUGCUUUUCCUCUGGGCCUGGUGGCAGAACACAGACUUCAUGGACUCUAAAUCUGGAGAAUGGCUGUACCGAGCCACUGUAGCCCUCAUCUGGUACUUCAGCUGGUUUAAUGUAACAAGUGGAAAUACAAAACACAAAGGAAUCAUCUACCAUGUGGUUAUGGUGAUGGACAUGAUGCUGCUGCUGGGAUUGUUUUGGUGGAGAAGAUCUGUGGAAUCAGCUGGUCUUAGUCCACUACCUAUUAAUCCUUACCUACUUAUUGCUCUGUUAAUGUCCAGUUACAUUUUAGGAAUCCUAUUGAGACUAGUUUAUUACUGGAAAUUUCAUCCCAAACAACGGGAAUUACAGUUGCAUGAGAAAGAAAAGGAGCCACAGUUAAAUACAUUUCUUCCUAAAGAAACAGAAGUGCGGGUCGAGCUAGAAUUAGAUGAUGAAAUUCUACAAUAUGGUGCAUGGAAAAUGAUACAUAGUUUAGAUCCUAUAUACUGUAAUUUAGCGAUGGACUCAGUGAUUGAGACAGAGGAACCUAAAUCUCAAAUUAAAAUUUUUACUGUUACACCACCAAUCCAAAGGGAUUUAACAGGGGUCCAAAAACGAAUGAAAAACAUGGCUGUGAAUUUUUACUGCUGAUGCAGAUGAGUAUUUUAUUCCCAACAUUAUAUUUCAUUAUAUUUUUUCUACGUAAACGUGUGUAAAUAAAAUGUAUGUUUUAUGUAUGCACAUUUUAUUCUGGUGGUAUGGGAGUGCCUGGAAUGGGCAGCUUGCACAUUUGGAAAGAGUUUAUCAAUGUGAAACGGUAUACAGUGGUCCCCUGGAACUCCUAAUCCACAAAUUUUGGACGCACCCCCCCUGCAGCCCCUAUGGUACCUUAGUGAGUUCAUCUAGACAUAACACCAGUAAGUUGGUUCCUUUUUGAUGCCAUACUCAACAGAAAAUAUGAAGUAAUGGACAUAGUUUUUUUUAUCACUUAAAAUUAAUAAUGAAAUAAUUUUCCGAAUUUUCCGAGCUGCAAGUUCCGAAACACGAUUUAAUCAGGGGUUGACUGUAUUCAGGUUUUAGAGCAACAAAUUUCUUUUUCAGGGAAAUCCUGGUAUAUUUGAGUAAAACAACGCUAACUGCAUACUACAUCUGUUACAGUAGCAUAACUUCAUUGUAGCAGAAUCUGGGUGCUUUUUUAUUAUUAUUUUGUGACUAAAAUAAGGAUUUUUGUUAUUUGCUAAUCAUUACAUCAUAUAUAUAU